AUGUCUUCUCAAGGAUUCGACGACUGGGUCCGCUCCGACCGCUUCCACAACAGCUUCCUCCUCGCUCCCGACGCCGACCUCGACUUCGCCCUCCAGAACAUGGCUGACAACGGCCUGCCUCAGAUCGCCGUCAGCGCCGCGCAGGGCAAGUUCCUGUACCUCCACGCCCGCGCGAUCGGCGCGAAACGCGUGCUCGAGGUCGGCACGCUCGGGGGCUACUCCGCGAUAUGGCUCGCGCGCGCCCUCCCAGCCGACGGCGAGGUCGUGACGAUGGAGGUGGACGAGAAGCACGCGACGGUCGCGCAGGCCUCCAUCGACCACGCCGGGCUCGCCUCCAAGGUCAAGAUCGUGCGCGGCCCCGCCGUCGACUCCCUCGCCGCACUCCCCUCCGAGCCCAAGUUCGACCUCGCGUUCGUCGACGCCGACAAGCGGAGCAACCUCGCGUACCUGCUCGAGGCCGAGCGCCUCGUCCGCCCCGGCGGCGUCAUCAUCAUCGACAACGUCGUCCGCUACGGCCGCGUGUCCAACCCGGCCGAUCCCGAGCACGACGGGAUCGACUCGCAGGGGGUGCGCCGCAUGCUCGAGCACCUCAAGACGGACAAGAACGUGGACGCGACGACGAUUGCGACCGUUGGCGAGAAGGGCUGGGACGGCUUCUGCUACGCCAUCCGGCUCUGA